AUGAUGCACGACCAGCUGUGGAUGGCGGCAGUGCGCGAAAACCCGGAUCCGAACCGACUGUACCCCGUGCUUGCAUUGGGGUUCAAUGACCUCAAGAAGCGCAUCGAGUCGCAAGCUCGGGAGGCGCAACGCCAGCGCGCACUGCUUCAGAACCUGGCGACGCGGCUGGCAGCGCUGGAACAGAAGCACUCGCUGUCGAACAGUGUGCGUGCGCAGGCGGCGCAGAACCGUCAGGCGCAGCUGCACCACCGCUUGGUUGGGUUGGUGGGCAAGACGCAGCUGCUGAUCCCGGCGCUGCGCGGCAAGAGCAUCGGCCCGGAAGAAGAGAGGCUGAUCGCGAUUCUCGAGGCGUGUGAGGCCGAGAUCACGGGCUCCACCGCCGCCCUCGCCUCUUCGCGUUCGUCACAUGCGUCUACCUCCUCGGCUGUCGGACAUCCAGCCACCGCCGCCAACCACCCGGCCAACCAUGCCCGCCUGCGUGCGAGGAUCAACGAGCUCUGGGCGCAGCUCGGCGUCAUUCGCGCCAAGAGGGAGAUGUUGGCGAGAGAAGGAAGGAGCGCUACUACGGAGUGGGCGGUGGUGGACCAGGCUGGGUUGGAGAACGUCACGCGCAUCCUGGCGCAGCAGCAGCAAGGGCUCAAUCAUCUGUGCACUACGCUCGAGACGGAUUCAAAGACGAUGGAUACGAUCACGAGCGGUCUCACUGGCGUCAAGCUUGUCGGGGUGUCGAGGUGA